GCAUGGAUGAAACAAGUGAGCUCCAUCCCCUCUGCAGCGAUACAUGGCAGUGAAUGAAGAGAUGGAAUAGGUGGAAGGGCCUUUGGAGGUCCCUACUCCGAGUCCUGAGCAAUGGGACAUCCCUAGAGAGAAAGCCAGUGCCUUGGAUGGGCUAGAAUGGAGCUGCUUUUCUUCCUUCUGAGACUCUAGCCAUUCCUAAACAAUGAGUCACAGCCUUUUUAAAGAAAGUUCAGACCCCACAUCUUGCUGAGUUCUUGAACUACAAGUUGAGCCCAGCCGGCAGAGAGCAUUUCCUCCCAAAUCAGAGGCUGUCUGGUGUGAGCUUCCUUCCAGUUAUUCUAGCCCUUGCAAAGCAAUGGAGGACACUGGACCACCAAGGCUAGAGGAUACACACGGUGAAUGAAAAACAGCACAAAUAUUCCCAGUUGGCAUUUCCCUUUUUGGAUUCAUGAUGUCUGGGUUCUGCUGACACUGGGCAUAUUCAGGAAAAUGGGACUGGGCAAGAUUUGUCUUCUAGCUGCCUUCUUGCGCCUGUCAGGAGCAAUUCUGGAUAUAACCCUGAUCGCCAACGUCCUGAGCCCCUCGCACACCAGCUUCUACCUCACUUGUGUGUCAGGCGAGCGGAAUGUUAGCCUUCUUCUUGAGAGAGACAAUAGAAUUAUCAUGACCCCGCCUAAGUCCAAGUUCCAGAUCUACAAGAACAGCAGCAACAAGGUGCAGAUGCGUGGCUUCUCUAGAGCAGAUCUGGUGGGCAUCACAUACUGCUUGGGACAGACCCAGACAGAACAAACCAGAGUAGUAUAUGUGCACAACAAUAUGAAUGCCAACCUGGUCCCGGAAAAGGCAACACAGACAGUCAGCCUCUUCCAGUCAGCUGAGCUUGUUGCCAAGAUAAAGCAUGAAAAGCACACGGACAUUUUGUGGAAAAGGAAUGGCUCCUUCUAUCAGACCACAGACAAGGGUGAAGUGAAGGGCAACCGAUUCACUCUGUCCCUGCCAUCUGUAAGAGUGGCUGAUGGAGGGGUUUACAGUGCCUCAUUCAUGGGGGACAGCCCCUUGUCAAGUGCUUCCUACAGACUGAUUGUGCGAGGUUGUACAGCCAAGAAAUGGGGUGUCCUUUGUGACAAGGACUGUUCGGACUGCCUGAAUGGGGGCAUAUGCCAUCAUAUCGUGGGAGAAUGCAUUUGCCCGCCAGGUUUCAUGGGCACCCGCUGUGAAAAAGCUUGUAGGGAAGGCAGGUUUGGGCGGAACUGUCAGGAACAGUGUCCCAGUGAGCAGGGCUGCAGGGGGCUGGCCUUCUGCCUGCCUGACCCAUAUGGCUGUUCCUGUGCUGCUGGAUGGAGUGGUCCCCAGUGUGGUUCAGCUUGUAACCACAGGACAUUUGGCCCUGACUGUGCCCUGGAGUGUCACUGUCAAAAUGGAGGCACCUGUAAUCGGUUCAGUGGGUGUAUUUGCCCAUCUGGUUGGCAUGGACAGCGUUGUGAGAAGUCAGAUCGGAUCCCCCAGAUCAUCAAUUUGAUCUCAUACCUGGAGUUCAAUCAAGGCGCUCAGCCUAUAAUUACCUGCAUGGCAACAGGCAACCCGCUCCCUGUGCGUGACAGCAUUGAACUGCGCAAGGCUGAUGGGACAGUGCUCAUGCCCAUCAAAGCUAUAAUGGAAAAAGAUAUGACUACCUGUGAAUUUCGGGUGCCACCACUUGUCUUCUCUGACACUAAUUUCUGGGAAUGCCGUGUCUCUACCACAGGUGGGCAGGAUAGUGGCAAGUUCAAGGUCACCGUAAAAGUGCCUCCCGAGCCACUUAGCCCUCCCAGGCUUCUAGCCAAGCAGAGUCGGCAGCUUGUGAUAUCCCCCGUGGAACAUUUCUCGGGUGACGGACCUAUCAUCUCUAUCAAGGUUCUUUAUAGGCCAAAUGAUGACACAUCUCACUGGUUAUCCAUUGUAGUUGACAAUAUCCAGAAUAUCACCCUGAUGAACCUCCGACCUGUCACUGCCUACCUUGUUAAGGUUCAGCUGACACGCCCUGGAGACAGAGGAGAAGGUGCUGUGGGGCCUCACGCUGUCAUGGUAACAGAGUGCCAAGAGCCAACAGCCAAACCUGUGAUUGAAAGUUACUUUGUUGAAGGAAGAAAUACACUUUAUGUGAACUGGAAUUUGACCAAUAGUGACAACGUAGCCACCGGUUUCCUGGUCCGGCUCUAUGACUCAUCUAAGGUGCUCGUACAUCAGGAGAACAUCUCUUCCAUCAUUGUACAAUCUGCCAGGAUCCCAAACUUGAAGUUCAACAAGGACUACAGCCUGGAGGUGCUAGCCUAUCAUUGCACCAAACUGGGACCUCCUUCUGACCUGUACAAGGUCAAGAUCAACAGCAAAGGCCCCUCAUCCCCGCGGUCUCUGACAAUGGAACCACUCACUGACAGCACCAUCCAGCUCACCUGGCAGCCCCCUGAAUAUCCCAAUGGGGGCAUCAUCAAGUACACUGUGGAGGUGCAACCACUGGGGGGUAACAGUGAGCCUCAGUGGGUGGACACAGACAACGACUGGGAGACUACAAAGAUCAUCUCAAGGCUCAACGCCAAUACAUCCUACCAGUUCCGGGUGCGAGCCAAUUCCCAUGUGCCAGGCGAGUGGAGCAAGCCUGUGAGAGCUGUGAUUCUAGGUGAUGGAGCCUUGAGCCAAGUGCCCACACUGGAGAGCAAGAACUUGUCCCCAUCUAGUCUGGACCAGCAGUUACUCUUAGCCAUCAUGGGGUCUGUCUCUGUCACCUGCCUGACAAUACUCUUUGCCCUCCUUACCCUUUUUCUGAUCAGGAAGAAUUUCUUUCACCGGCGCCGCACUUUCACCUACCAGUCAGGCUCUGGGGAAGAGACCAUUCUGCAGUUCAACUCAGGUACAUUGACUCUGACACGUCGGCCCAAACCACAGCCUGAGCCACUCAGCUACCCUAUUCUGGAAUGGGAAGACAUCAAGUUUGAGGACAUGAUCGGGGAAGGGAACUUCGGGCAAGUCAUCCGGGCCAUGAUCAAGAAAGAUGGCCUAAGAAUGAAUGCAGCCAUCAAGAUGCUGAAGGAAUUUGCCUCUGAGAAUGAUCACCGGGACUUUGCUGGAGAACUGGAAGUCCUUUGCAAGCUGGGCCACCAUCCCAAUAUCAUAAACUUGCUGGGCGCUUGUGAGAAUAAAGGUUACUUGUAUAUUGCUAUUGAAUAUGCACCCUAUGGGAACUUGCUUGAUUUUCUGCGCAAGAGCCGAGUCCUCGAGACAGAUCCUGCUUUUGCAAGAGAACAUGGGACAGCAUCAACCCUCACAUCCCAGCAACUCUUGCAGUUUGCAUCUGAUGUGGCCAAAGGCAUGCAGUAUUUGAGUGAGAAACAAUUCAUUCACAGAGACCUGGCUGCCAGGAACAUCCUGGUGGGAGAGAACCUGACUUCCAAGAUUGCUGACUUUGGCUUGUCCCGGGGGGAGGAGGUCUAUGUAAAGAAGACCAUGGGCCGCUUGCCAGUUCGCUGGAUGGCCAUCGAGUCCUUAAAUUACAGCGUAUACACAACCAAGAGUGACGUGUGGUCGUUUGGUGUCCUCUUGUGGGAAAUUGUUAGCCUGGGAGGGACGCCAUAUUGUGGCAUGACAUGUGCUGAGCUCUAUGAGAAGCUGCCUCAAGGAUACCGCAUGGAAAAGCCUCUCAACUGUGAUGAUGAAGUGUAUGAACUGAUGCGUCAGUGCUGGCGGGACCGGCCCUAUGAACGCCCACCCUUCUCCCAGAUCUCAGUGCAGCUCAUCCGCAUGCUGGAAGCCAGGAAGGCCUACGUGAACAUGGCUCUGUUUGAAAAUUUCACCUAUGCAGGGAUUGACGCAACAGCUGAGGAGGCAUGAGAGACCCAAACACUGACCCCAGCAUGGGGCACAACUAGGACACAUAUGGAAGAGGAACCUCCUACACAUAUGCCCCAAGGCCCUCCCUUGUAUUGUUAUACAGACUAUGUUGGACACAUGGCAUAGAGAAACUCGUCUAUUGUAGAGGCUUCUGCCUGGACUCUGCCCUCAUGUCUUCUUUCCGUUUCCUGACCACCAGGGCACGGACAGCGCACAUCAUGAAUAAUGGCAGGAUCCAGUCCAGCUACACAGAAACACAAACUUUUUCACAGAUAGCAUCCACUUUCCUUCCAAGGAACUCAGAGUGUGUUGUAAAAGUGUUUUUCCUCUUUCCCAUUUUAUAGUCAAAGCAACCCUGUAAGGUAAGUUAGUCUGAGAGCUGUUAACUGGCCCAAGGUCACCCAAUUGAAUAAGGAUUUGAAUCCAGGUCUCUCCAGUCCUAGUUCAAUGUUCUUGUUGCUAUACUUUUCUUUGCAAUUGUUUCCCAUCGUUAUCUGUUUCUCUUUAACAGGUACCAUGGGUAGUAUUGCACCAUCUCACCCAUAAUGUUAUAAAUUGUCACACCCUUGAAUAAUUGGAGGAGCAAUUUCUCCUCUUCCACUUGUCCUUUCGUGUUUGCUUUUUCACAGCUUUCUCCUUAUUCAGCAUGUUCUUCUGUGCAGGUCAAUGUGUGUGUUGACCCCCAAUUAAGUCUGUUGAAAAAAAUCAUAAGGCCAGUGUGUUUGCAGGGAGAAAAGCAUUAUACUAGAACUUCCUUGCACAAAGCACCCCCAUACAUUGCCCCAAAGCAGGUGCAUUUCCACAAAUGUGGCGAGUGGAUUCCACCCCACCCACCCCCAACAGACAGAACAUUGCAGACAGAGAUUAGCCUUGGAUGCAGAGCCAGCCAUACCCUCAAAGGGUCUGGUACAGCCCCAUGCUCUGAGUUCAGUUGCUGGCUGCAAACAGCAAGUCUCUACUCAGUAUGGAAUUAUGAGGAAUAAUCAGUCACAAUCAGUAAAACAAAAGGGAUAUACAUUAGCAGAAACUAAUGAAGUAUAAAAGACAUGCUUGGAACAGUCCCUGGAAGUUUGGGGACAAAACUUCUGUGAAAAUGGGAAGGCCAAGGUGGGAUAUUCUGCUGCAGUAGGAUCUUGUUAGCUAUACUGCCCCUGAAUCUGGAGACUGCAGUGGUGGGAAGGGGGUGGGAGGGGAAUAUGUUCCAUAGAACAUGUGUUGAAGUGAGAGAUGCAAAAUGGACAGCAGAUAUCAAUGCCUCCAGCAAUUCUAUGCUUCCUCUGCCUACAAUUUAUACGUAAUAAAGAAUG